GCGGGGAAGGGGAGAGGCAAGGAGGCCGGGGAGCCGAGCGGGACGGGGAGCCCGGGCUGGGGCCGGGGAGCCGCGGCGCGGCCAGCACCCGGACCCGGGACUGCCUCCCCGCCACCCCCUCCCCAGCCGCCCCCCAGCCAUGAAGACCCCGGCGGACACAGGCUUUGCUUUCCCCGACUGGGCCUACAAGCCCGAGUCGUCCCCAGGCUCCCGGCAGAUCCAGCUGUGGCAUUUCAUCUUGGAGCUGCUCCGAAAGGAGGAGUACCAGGAUGUCAUCGCGUGGCAGGGGGACUAUGGCGAGUUCGUCAUCAAGGACCCCGACGAGGUGGCGCGCCUGUGGGGCGUCCGCAAGUGCAAGCCCCAGAUGAACUAUGACAAGCUGAGCCGGGCCCUGCGUUAUUACUAUAACAAGCGGAUCCUUCACAAGACCAAGGGCAAAAGGUUCACCUACAAGUUCAACUUUAACAAGCUUGUGCUGGUGAACUAUCCAUUCAUCGAUGUGGGGCUGGCUGGUGGGGCUGUGCCUCAGAGCGCCCCUCCGGUGCCCUCUGGGGGGGCCCAUUUCCGCUUCCCCCCCUCGACGCCCUCGGAGGUGCUGUCCCCCACGGAGGACCCCCGCUCGCCUCCGGCCUGCUCGGCUGCCUCGUCGGCCUCUUCCCUCUUCUCGGCAGUGGUGGCCCGACGUCUGGGCAGAGGCUCCGUCAGCGAUUGCAGCGAUGGCACCUCAGAGCUGGAGGAGGCCCUGGUGGAAGACCCCAGGGCCCGGGCCUCGGGCCCCCCAGAGCUGGGCGCCUUCCGGGGACCCCCUCUGGCCCGAUUGGCCCCUGACGCGGGUGUGUUCCGGGUCUAUCCCCGGCCCCGCGGAGGGCCUGAGCCCUUGAGCCCCUUUCCUGUCUCCCCCCUGGCUGGCCCUGGCUCCCUGCUCCCCCCCCAGCUCUCCCCAGCCAUGCCCGUGACCCCUACCCACCUGGCCUAUAGCCCAUCCCCUACGCUGAGCCCCAUGUACCCGGGGGGGGGCGGCAGUUCUGGGGGGGGCUCCCACUUCUCUUUCAGCCCGGAGGACAUGAAGCGCUACCUCCAGGCCCACACUCAGAGCGUCUACAAUUACCACCUCAGCCCGCGGGCUUUCCUGCACUACCCGGGACUGGUGGUCCCUCAGCCCCAGCGCCCGGACAAGUGUCCCCUGCCGCCCUUGGCCCCCGAGACGCCGCCCGCCCCGUCCUCCGCGUCAUCUUCUUCCUCGUCCUCCUCUUCUUCCCCCUUCAAGUUCAAGCUGCAGCCCCCUCCUCUGGGCCGGCGCCAGCGGGAGCGGGAGAAGCCCCCGGUGGGGGAGGCCCCCCCAGCUCCUGGCCCUGCCCCGCCCCAGAUCAAGGUGGAGCCCAUCUCAGAGGGGGAAUCCGAGGAGGUGGAGGUGACCGACAUCAGCGACGACGAGGAUGACGAGGAUGGGGAGGUGUUCAAGGCUCCUCGGGUGCCCCCUGCGCCCCCCAAGGUGGAACCCGGGGAGGGCUCUGGGCCAGCCCAGUGCAUGCCCCUCAAACUUCGCUUCAAGCGCCGCUGGAGCGAGGAUUGCCGCCUGGAGGGAGGUGGCGCCGUAGGUGGCAGCGGCAGCGGGGGGCAGGAGGAGGACAAGAAGGGCCGGGCCGGGACCGCCUUGGCCCCGAGACGGGUUAGCGCUGACCUCCAGCAUGCCACUGCCCAGCUCUCCUUGGAGCACCGGGAUUCCUGAGGGGGGCUGCCCUGGAUCGCCCCCACCCCUGCCCCCCCAACCGCCUCCUUUACUUCUCUGCUGCCUUAAUUCUGCCCUCUCCCUGGUCAACAGAGGCAGGAGGCCGGCCGCUGGGGGGAGGGAGGAGCGGACAGCUCUUGGGGAGUCUUCCCCCAGGCCGGGAGGUCCCUGGUCCCCUCUUCUGAAUCCUCGCCUCCUUUCUCCUGCCCCCUCCUCUUUUGUAUAAAAGUUUUGUUUUGUCUUUUUUUAAAAACUGGGUGGGAGUGGGGGGAUCCCAGGGCCUACAUCUCUGUAUUUAGGCCCUGGGGAGGGAGGGGGGUUCAUAUCGCAGGGGAGGGGCUUGACCCCUCUGGGGCAAUUUUUAUUUGAACUGAGGUUUCCCCCUACCCUGAUUCAGAAGUGCACAGGAAUUAAAAAAAAUAACUACAGCUUAGGAAAUGAAGCCUUGAUCUCCCCUCUCCCCCACCCCCCCUUCCCCUUUUUGGGGCCAUAGCACAGUCUCUCAGUCCCUGUCCCCCCCCACCCCCCCAGCCUUUCUGUCCUCUCUUCCCUGCCCCUCCUUUGUGUAGGGGAGGUGGGGGUCAGUGCCUGGGGCUGGCCCUGCCCACCAGGUCUGGGGUGGGGUGGGAAAGGGAGGGAAUAACUUUGUACUUAACCAAAAACUUCUUGGGGUGGGGAGGGAGGUGGCAUUGCCCUCCUGGGGGCCACAAGUCUCUCUCUCUCUCUACAAGUGCCUACUGCCCCCCUCCCUCUGCCCAUUCCUUCCUCGUCCCUCCCUCCUGCCCCCCACACAUACAUGCUCCCUGGGUGAGGGGGCCCAAACCAAACAGAACUGGAACUCUGGGGGGGGGGUGGGGGGGACUCAAUCAGCCUUAUUCUGUAUAGCAGGGGAGGUGGGGGAGGGAGGGACCUGGAGAAUGUAUCAAAAACAAUAAAAUUUUGGGAUCUUUA